UUAGCUAGUUACCAAAAAGAGCUUGAGUUUUCAAAGUUUAUAAAAGGUGAAGAAGCAUUAGAACUAUCACCAAACUAUAUACAUCUUCUUUGUGUUCUACUUGUUAACUUAGAAUAUGGGAGAAGCUGUAGAGGUCAUGUUACCAAAUCAAACCUAUCAGUGCCAGUGGUAUGAAGAGAUCAUUGAUGAAGAUCUUAAGUGGUCUUUUGCCCUCAACAGUGUUCUCCAUCAAGGAACUAGUGAGUAUCAAGAUAUUGCUUUGUUAGACACCAAACGAUUUGGAAAGGUACUUGUGAUUGAUGGGAAAAUGCAAAGUGCAGAGAGAGAUGAGUUUAUCUACCAUGAAUGCUUGAUUCACCCGGCUCUCAUUUUCCACCCCAACCCCAAGACUGUGUUUAUAAUGGGAGGAGGUGAAGGCUCUGCUGCAAGAGAAAUACUAAAACAUAACACCAUCAAGAAAGUGGUCAUGUGUGAUAUUGAUCAGGAAGUUGUUGAUUUUUGCAAGAGAUUUCUAACUAUUAACACCAAAGCUUUUUGUGACAAGAAGCUUGAACUUGUGAUCAACGAUGCUAAGGUUGAAUUGGAGGAACGAAAAGAGAAGUUUGAUAUAAUAGUUGGAGAUUUAGCUGACCCUGUAGAAGGUGGACCAUGUUAUCAGCUCUAUACCAAAUCAUUCUAUGAGAACAUCCUCAAACCCAAGCUUAGCCUCAAUGGCAUUUUUGUGACUCAGGCUGGACCAGCUGGAAUAUUCACUCAUAAAGAGGUCUUUACAUCAAUCUACAACACCUUGAAACAAGUGUUCAAGUACGUGAAGGCUUACACAGCACAUGUACCAUCAUUUGCGGAUACAUGGGGAUGGGUGAUGGCAUCAGACCAAGAGCUUACGUUCGAAGUAACGGAAAUGGAUCGAAAAAUCGAAGAGAGAGUGAUAGGAGAGUUGUUGUAUUUAGAUGCUUCGACUUUUCUCUCUGCUUCUACACUCAACAAGACCAUCUCCAUCGCGCUUGAGAAGGAGACAGAAAUUUAUAGUGAAGAAAAUGCGAAAUUCAUUCCUGGUCAUGGUGUGGCAUACAAGUCUACUUGAAGAAGACUUGGCAUACUUGAGUAAGACUUGGAUGCAUUCUAUGUUUGCCUUCAGUUUGUUUGAUUGUUCGGUUUCAGAUUGAUAGUCACAAAAACGAUUUCUUUCUAGUUUUAUUUUCUCCUCAGCACUAUACCGUGGAUCGUCUUGAUUACUUUGGUUGGGCUUUUGUUUCCUCUUCCUUUGUAGUUGUUCCAUUUUGCUUUACUAUACUAAGAACCAUAAACAUCAAUAUAUUGAGUAAUA